AUGGGAAUGGAAAGGGUGAUGGCUUCUCCCUGGCACCAGCCCAUGGGCACGUUCUUCACGAUGAUAAAUGUGCCAGGGUUACCCCUCCGUGCCCCGCCGUUCCGUUACUUCUCGGCGUUUGUCACCAGGCGGACGCGUGUGCGCGAGGAGGUGGUUGUUAAUGCCAUGUGCAUUCCAUCUAUUAUCCAUCCGUUAGCGCAGUGUCGUAUUUCUGUGCCUGGUAUCCUCAGUAGACAUUUCCCCAAUAAUUUAUCAGGACAAGAAGACGAUGAAUUCAAUGAGCAUUUGACUAAUGGAAUCACCCCACUGCAUGUGGCAUCCAAAAGGGGAAACACAAACAUGGUGAAGCUCUUGUUGGAUCGCGGAGGGCAGAUCGAUGCCAAAACCAGGGAUGGACUCACCCCGCUCCACUGUGCUGCAAGAAGUGGACAUGACCAGGUUGUGGAGCUGCUCCUGGAACGAGGUGCCCCACUGCUUGCGCGGACCAAGAACGGCCUCUCUCCGCUUCACAUGGCGGCCCAGGGGGACCACGUGGAAUGCGUCAAACACCUGCUGCAGCACAAAGCUCCCGUGGAUGACGUCACGCUGGACUACCUGACCGCCCUCCACGUGGCCGCGCACUGCGGCCACUAUCGCGUCACCAAACUCCUUCUGGACAAGAGAGCAAAUCCCAAUGCUCGUGCCCUGAAUGGUUUUACUCCACUGCACAUUGCCUGCAAGAAAAAUCGCAUCAAAGUCAUGGAACUCCUGGUGAAAUAUGGGGCUUCAAUCCAGGCUAUAACAGAGUCGGGCCUCACACCAAUACACGUGGCUGCAUUUAUGGGCCACUUGAACAUAGUCCUCCUUCUGCUGCAGAACGGAGCCUCUCCCGAUGUCACUAACAUUCGUGGAGAAACGGCGUUGCACAUGGCGGCACGUGCCGGGCAGGUGGAAGUAGUUCGUUGCCUCCUGAGAAACGGAGCCCUGGUUGAUGCCCGAGCCAGGGAAGAACAGACUCCACUGCACAUCGCUUCUCGCUUGGGUAAGACGGAGAUCGUCCAACUUCUGCUACAGCACAUGGCCCACCCCGACGCGGCUACCACCAACGGCUACACUCCCCUGCACAUCUCUGCCAGAGAGGGACAAGUCGAUGUCGCAUCAGUGCUCCUCGAGGCAGGUGCCUCGCACUCCAUGUCCACCAAAAAGGGAUUCACCCCGUUGCACGUGGCGGCCAAGUACGGGAGCCUGGAAGUGGCGAAGCUCCUGCUGCAGCGCCGUGCCUCUCCCGAUUCCGCCGGCAAGAACGGCCUCACCCCGCUCCACGUGGCGGCGCACUACGACAACCAGAAGGUGGCGCUGUUGCUGCUGGAGAAGGGCGCGUCCCCCCACGCCACGGCCAAGAAUGGAUACACCCCUCUGCAUAUCGCUGCCAAGAAAAAUCAGAUGCAGAUCGCUACUACUCUGCUGAACUAUGGCGCCGAGACCAACAUUUUGACCAAACAGGGAGUCACCCCGCUUCAUCUGGCCUCCCAAGAAGGUCACACUGACAUGGUGACCUUGCUUUUGGAGAAAGGAUCCAAUAUCCACGUGGCGACAAAG